GGGCGGUGAGCGGACCUAAUAAUUUGCCCAUAAAAUGACCGCUUCUUCUGACCGGGCAGCUUUGGAAAGCUAUCAGAGCAGAGGGCAGAUCUAAUGGCGGAGGCAGCUACACCCCAUCUCCUGGUAAUCCCGUUCCCUGCACACGGUCAUAUGCUUCCCCUCCUCGAUCUCUGCCACCUGCUCUCCACCCGCCAUGGCCUCACCAUCACCAUCGUCGUCACUCCCGGCAAUCUUCCCACGCUCUCCCCAAUCCUCUCCUCCUCUCCAUCCAUUUCACCUCUCAUCCUCCCUUUCCCUUCUUCCCCUUAUAUUCCCACCGGCGUCGAGAACACCUACCAGGUUCCCCCGAAUCUCAUCCGCAACUUCAUCCCCGCCCUGUCCGGCCUUCUCUACCCCAUUCUCCAAUGGUUCCAUUCCCACCCUAACCCUCCUGUGGCCAUCCUCUCCGAUUUCUUCACUUCCGCCUGGACCUUUCGUCUCGCGCAAUCCCUCUCCAUCCCCCGCCUGUCCUUCUCGCCAUCCGGCGCCUUCGGAAUCGCCACCAUCCACCAACUCUGGCGCGAGAUGCCCUCUAAUUCCGAUCCUAAUCUCCUCAUUCCUUUCCCCUCGCUACCUAACUCCCCUUCCUUCCCUCUUUCCCAACUCUCCACUCUCUUCCGCGACUACAUAAAAGGCGAUUCCGUCUCCGAAUCAAUCAAGGAAAAUUUUCUAUUGGACAUUCAAAGCUGGGGUUUCGUCGUCAACACAUUCUCCGAUCUUGAAGGCGAUUAUAUCGAACAAUUAAAGAAGGAUAUUGCGGCGGGGCACCGGCGGAUAUGGGCGGUGGGGCCACUCGUCGCUUCGCCGGUUGAGCGGAAGACCGACGCCGUUAUCAAGGAGAAGGUUCUGACCUGGCUCGAUGGCUUCCCGGAGGGAUCGGUGGUUUACGUUUGCUUCGGCAGCCAAGUUGUUCCGCCGCCGCAGCAAGCGGCGGCGAUUUCGGCAGCGCUUGAGCUCAGCGGGUUGCGAUUCCUCUGGUGCGUCAGGGAGGGGACGGAGGUUCCGGCAGGGUUUGAGGAGAGGGUGGCAGCGCGAGGGUUUGUGGUGAAGGGGUGGGCUCCGCAGGUGGAAAUUCUCGGCCACGCGGCAGUCGGGUGGUUCUUGACGCACUGUGGAUGGAACUCGGUGAUUGAGGCCGUGGUGGCGGGGGUGGCUUUGCUGACGUGGCCACACGGAGCGGACCAGUUCAUAGAUGCUCGACUGUUGGAGGACGCCGGCAUGGCUGUCAGGGUGGCCGAGGGAAGGUCUACGGUGCCGGAAGCUCAGGAGCUGGCCAGGAUUUUGGCAGCAGCGGUGGGUGGAAGAAACAGUAGGGUGAGGGAGAGGGCGGCUGAGAUCAGUGAAAUGGCAAAAAAGGCGGUGGCGGAGGGCGGGAGCUCGUUCCGGGAUCUGCACUCGUUGGUGGCGGAACUGAAGAAGAUGACGGUGGCGAAUGAGCAGUCGUAUGCGGAGUUGCCUGCGUUUAAAAAUCUUAUUUAGAAUAAUAAUAUGUAUCUUUGAUCAGGGGUGUCAAAAUUCGGUACAACGAUCCAAAAAUUUCGGAUUCAGAUCGGGUUAAGAAGUUUGAUCAAUUUGUAAAAUCAGGUAAUGUUCAGGUUUACCGAGAAUCUUGAAAUCAAUCCAAUUUUGACCAUUUUUAAUUGA